GACUUUGCGGUGGAGAUCGAGAGUGAAGCUGCGGAGAUCAGGACGCUGAUUGCUCGGACGGCGCAACUGUGGUCGGCUGUAGACCGCGCGGAACGAGCUGAAGAUCUGCCGCCAGUAUCUCAGCCAACGCAGCUGCAGUCUUCGAGGAGGUUGUCGGCUUCUGCUGUUGAGAUGAGAACGUCGUCGCUGCCUGGACAAUAUGAAUGUGCUGAGGAUGAUGAUGGUAGCACGCUGAGCAGUGAUGCUGAAGAAUAUGAAGACGAAGAUGAAGAGGAGGAGGACACCGAGUCUGAUAGUGUUUCCGAUCUGGCACUCCAGAACGCUGGAGGAUACCCCACCGACGAAGCCUUUGUGGAAUCAUUGAGGAAUGAUGGCGGCGAAGAAAUCGACGCUAUGGAUGAAGUCGAGGGGCUGCAGUUUGAACAAGGCGAGAUCAUGGACGCUUCAAACCGAGCCAUCAAUGCAUCAAAAGCGCGUGCCAUUAAGAAUGCGAUGCUGGGAAACUUGCUCCGCUUGGGCUUUCGCGAAGCCAUUACGCUUGCAGCACUUGAGGCCGGGGUUCUCGAGAUAGACCACUACGAUUCCGACUGCGAGCUGGCGUAUGUCGACAUCUUCAUGUCGUUAAUCAAAAUGGUGUGUGAUGCGCACGUCGACGUUUUGAUCGAGAACGACGACAACGACCAAGAUUGGGCAUCUCCUGAUAGAACUUCUGAGGUUCACGACGGCGCUGCUGGCACCAUGGAAGCGCACAUGAACCACAGCCUUGAUCAGCGCUCUUUUCUUCCUUUCAAGUGGCCAGUCUUUGAUAUGGCGCAGUUUGAGUUUGGGAAUGCCCGCGCAGGGACGUGCUUCAACAGUGUUUGUGUGCUGACAAACCUGCCAAAGGUGUCGAUGGACCGCACGGAGGAGUUGAUGGAGGUGCUGUCAUGCAAUUUGUUUUGUAUGAUUGGCGAUCCAAUUCAAGUGGUCAUUCCAUCCGCGAGUUCUACGGGGCGCACCAAAGGUCAUGCUUUUCUUGAGUUUGAUGAUCCAGACAUGGCCAAAAGGUGUGCGUCUGCAGUGGACGGAUUGACGUGGGGCAGGGGCCCAUUUGGCAGAAUCAGGGGUAACUUGUUCCGUCAAUACCAAGUCAAGACCCCCGCUGAAGAGCAGCGGCGAGCUAAUGCUAUGAUGAACGAUGGGGCAUCAUUCCCUGAUUCGUUUUCAAGUACUGCGAUACCCGUGCGAUUUCGACCUGGCGUGGCUCAACAGCAAAAUCUUUAUUGUGACAGUGAUGAUGACAGCAGCGACGCGGGUGAAUGGGUUGUGAGCAGACCGCUUGAGUAUGGUCAGUUCAAUCCGUCACCAUUACUGGAUCUGUCAUCGGGAAGCGUGGACAUCAGAGAUCAAUAUGGGUCGAGUCAACAAGGAGAUGCCGCGAUGCAGCUCGGUUGGGACGACGCAGGAUAUGCCGUGCGAUUGCCAAGCGAGGGGGAUGACAACGAUAUUGGUGCAAGUUUUGAUAGCAACAGCGCACUCGAACUCCAGACUCCCGAUGAAGAGAAAACCAUGGAUCAGUCACUUUUCGACGAGCUCGUUCGAGGGUGCCGGUAUAACGGCUCAGUUUGCUCGCCAGCUCGCGUAUCGUUAUCAUCAGGUGAAGCCCAGGCAGAGUCAUCGACUGUAGGAUCAAGUGUAUCGGCUUACGCACACGAUGUGCUCGUUGAGUGCGGUAUGGCCGAGCAGUCAUGGGAUGCCUCCCAUGAAAGCGAAGAUGGUGCUGAGAAGCCUUGGCGACGAUACUGUGAAGACUUGAUCGUACGCAAUCGAGAAAUGCAGGAGCAGGUCGCGUUUGCUCGUCGACGCAUUGUCCAGCUGAGCCACAAUAACCAGAAGUUGCACUUGCUCAUUGACCGCGUGGAGCGGGAUCGCGAUGGCUUGCUGUUUGAGAACGACCUGCUGCAGACCCAAUUGCAUGGCUUCGAGGAUCACGAACACCAUCACGAUUCACUUAUGAAGGAAGUGGUAACUUUGCGGAAGCGACUGAAGCAAAAGGAGCACUCGUAUGACGUCAGGGGCAUGAAUCCAAACCCACAGGUCCAGGCGGCUUAUGUGAGCACUGGCUCGCAGCCAUUUCAAAGUAUUCGGUCGGCGCUUUCCCACAUUUCUGGAGCAUCACUGACGAGCUGCAAGAUGGAUGAACUGAAGGACUGGGAACAGCUAUUAGAGAGCACGUUGAGCCGCGUGCGCUCCGUCAAGGAGGAAAAGGCACUGGAGAUGCAGAAAAAGCUGGACCGGCAAGUCGAGGAACAGAACGAACUCAAGCUUUGCGUGAUCUGCCUGGCCAACGAGAAGACCAUUCUGUGUCUACCGUGUCGCCACCUGUGUCUAUGUAAGACUUGCUCCCGCCGUGAAGAAGUGACCAAGUGCCCAAUCUGCCGUCUAGAGAUCGAGGAAAUGUUAGCUGUGUACUCAUAA